CGACUCGUGUGGCUACAGCUGUAUUCAAGCACACUUCUCGCGUGGCUACUGACAGUGACACAUCGCAACCAUGCCAUCCUACAAACUGUACUAUUUCGAUGCCCGCGGAGCCGCCGAGCUGGCCAGGCUUAUAAUGAAGCAGGCGGGUCAAGAUUUCGAGGACAUUCGCCUUGCCGGAGAAAAAUGGCUGGAAAAGAAACCAGAAAUGCCCCUGAAGGCUAUGCCUGUCCUUGAGAUAGACGGAAAGAAGAUCUGCCAGUCCAUGGCAAUCGUACGCUACCUCGCGCGGGAAUUCGGUCUGAUGGGCUCAAGCAACAUGGAGGCCCUGGCCAUAGAAGAGCUGCUGGAGGUAUUUACAGAGAUCACGACCAAACAUUUGAUGAAGAUCUACUACGAGCAAGACCAGCAGAAAAAGGUGGAACUGAUGAAGGAGUUCAAGGAGACGGGCAUGCCGCCAUACAUUACGUUUAUUGAAUCACGCCUUAAGGAAAACAACGACGGCAAAGGAUUCUAUGUCGGUGAUAAGGUAACCGUGGCUGACCUGGCCCUCUACAACACGAUGUUUAGCUACAAGCACUGGAUGGGCAAAGAGGGACAAGACCCAUUUGAAGGUAGCCCUCUUCUGGGGGAAUUUUAUCAGCGCGUAGCCUCGCUCCCGAAUAUCGCGGCUUGGGAGAAGGCCCGGCCACAAACAAACAUUCCUGCUGAGAGUGGUUGUCGGCAAUACAAGCUCCUACAGGUGGGCGUUGGCGCCGAGGGAUCCGCAUCGGACACCUGCAUUUUAAACAGCCCGCUGAGGGGUGACCUUGAAAAAUCUCGACUGGGUUUCCUUGAGCCUGAAUCCCUUCCUGGAAACAUCGCAACCAUGCCGUCCUACAAACUAUACUAUUUCGAAGUCCGAGGAGCCGCCGAGCUGGCCAGGCUGAUCAUGAAGCAGGCGGGUCAAGAUUUCGAGGACAUUCGCAUUAACGGGCUGACUGAAUGGCCGACAAAGAAACUAGAAAUGCCCCUGAACGCUGUGCCAGUCCUGGAAGUCGACGGAAAGAAGUUCUGCCAGUCCAUGGCAAUCGUACGCUACCUCGCACGGGAAUUCGAUCUGAUGGGUUCGAACAACAUGGAGGCCCUGGUUAUAGAAGAGCUGCUGGAGAUAUUUACAGAGAUCACGGUUAAACAUUUGAUGAAGAUGUACUACGAGCAAGACCAAGACAAAAAGGUGGAAAAAAUGAAGGAGUUCAAGGAGACGGGUAUGCCGCCCUAUAUAAAGUUGAUGGAGAAACGCCUUAUGGAAAACAACGACGGAAAAGGCUUCUAUGUUGGCGAUAAGGUAACCGUGGCUGACCUGGCCAUCUACAACACAAUGUUCAACUUCAAGAAAUGGAUGGGCAAAGAAGGACAAGACCCGUUUGAGGGUAGCACCCUUUUGAAUGCAUUGUACGAGCGCGUAGCCUUGCUCCCGAAUAUCGCGGCUUGGGCGAAAGCCCGGCCAGAAACAGACAUGUAGAUUAUAUCUGUGUUCAAUAUCUGUGCAGUGAUAUGCCAUUGCAGCGUUCUGUGUAGAAAUUUCAGUUCCGGAUAUUCAGAAUGACUUGUUUUCUAUAACACGGCUAUAUUUGGUUAUUUAGAUGUACUUUUUUAGAGUGGUUUAGAUUCAAAGAAACGUUUUUAGAUUUUAGACUAUCCGAGCAGCAUUGUGUUAAAUAAUUUGACAUAUAUAUUCACAUGAUAGACGUAUUGUUUAUGUUUUCAGUACUGUCAUGGGAUUACCAUGAUUCAGUACUGUCAAAAUAAUACCAUGUUUCCAGUAUUGUCACCAGAAUACCAUGAUUUCAGUAUUGUCACGAGAAUACCAUGUUUCCAGUAUUGUCACAAGAAUACCAUGAUUUUUGGUAUUGUCACGCGGUAAAACUGUAAAUAGGUGAUUAAAAUAAAAAUGUAGUGAUAAUG